GGCCAAGCCAUCGACCAGAGCGGUCGCAUGCAAGCAGAGCUCCGUCUUACAAGACAUAUCACUGCCGAUACUCACAAAUCCCGAGCUGGAAACCAAACCAGGGAGCACUGCCUGGGUUAAGUGCGACCUGGCAACGAGCCUGAUACCCUCACAAUGCCCUUCGGAGACUGGGAGCCUGAGCUGGCUAGCAGCCUAGAGGUAAGAGGACUGGGGGGAGGCGGCCAUUCCCCCCCUGGCCCUAUAUCGGAAGAGCAGCUGUGCCAACACCCUGUUCCCCACCCCCCCCAGAACGGCGGGGGUCAUCCCGGUCACAUCUUGAAAGAGUACCAGCCUGAUGGGGACCCAACGAUGGAGCACCAGCACCGGCGGGAAGUAGCGAACCCAUGCAAAAUGGCCACCGCCACGAGCACCCAACCUGCAGAGAAGCCUUACAUCCUCACUAAGCAGGACAAUCUAUUUGCAGAAUUCUGGGAGAAGAUAGCAUUCAGAGAGCAGCAAGCCCAGAUGCACAAACCUGUUUCCCACACUCCCACAGAGGGGCCGGCAAGCUCCCAAUGCGGGCGCACACACCCUCCGGCAGCCAGAGCCCAAAAAUGGUGCCGAAAGAGACGCGGCCACAUGAGGGGCCGCAAACCAGCGAGGAAGACCCAGCCGACCGCGCUAUAUCACCGCAACAGGUACCCUGUAAAAUCUGGCCUACCAUCAAAGCAAGCAGCGGAGACCUUCCAGACUCGGUACGCAGGGUCCAGAUUUGGUACGCCGCUCCACGCAGGGUCCAGAGGAGCGCGGACAGCACCCACCACACAUUGCUCUCCUUCCCCACCUAGCGGACAACCGAGACCAAAGGGUGAGCCAUGACUGGAGCCACGCAGAGACCCUGCUGAUAUGGCCCGCGAGUGGGGUGGGUUGAGUGAUACCGGUCACAAGCGCACGACACGGAGGUAAAACACAGAGACAAUCCGUGCAAUCGCGAGCCCUGACGCUCGAAAACCUCCUGGCAAGCAAUAAUUGUUUAAAGCCUUUAACUGUUAUAUACCUCUUGUUGAUGUUAAUAUAUCCUGUAUGCAUGUCAUUAAUAUGACCCUAGCUUUGCCGUAGCACUUAUAAUCAUACUAGCAUUAACCAUUGCCUAGGUGAGAGCUAAGCCUGUAUAUUAUAACAUGCGAUGUCUCAUGUGAAACACACACGCGCAGUCAAUCUUUACAAUUUUGCGGUUAAGUCACGCACUGCAUAUAACAUCUCUGGUGGAGCUUAGUUACAAUGCCAAGCAUACUAUAAAAAUAUAUAGUCUACAGAAUAGAUUAACACUUGCAGGAUAGUGCUAAACCCCUAAUAUGAAAGCCUACCCAGGAGAAUGCAUUCGUAUUGUAUCACCGUGCCACUAAAUCCUAUGAUAAUUUUGCCUCCUAUGAAGCAGGUCAUGCACACACUAAAAUUGAGCACCCCACUGACUAAGGGGCAGACAUACACAGGAGUCACUCAGGCUCAAAAGCUUGCAGAAAUCGUCUAGGUAUAGCUACGUUAUUAUAGUUAUGCUGAAAUCAGUAACACAUACGGUAUGAAAUCUGAGAUUGUUAUUUUCUUUUUGUGGUGUUAUGCAUGGCUGCUGAUAUGUACCAAUUUGAGUGUGACUGUAUGUGUGUGCAGUGGAGUGUUGUGUAUCUAUUGUGUAGUAGUGUGUGAACUGUGGAGUGUAUUUGUGCAGUAUGAUAGUGUGUGACUCUUUUAUAUAUAUUCUCUUAUUGUAUAUUUUUAGGCAUGACUUCUGAGCAUAGAAUUAUGGGAAGCUAGUGAGUAAACGCAAUCCUUAUUCCCCCUUCUAUGAUUUCUCUCUCCAUACUCUUCCACCCCCACCCCUUCCACAAUUAUUAAAAUCUGAAAUGCAUUUUCUUUCAAAACACAUAAUUUCAAUCAUUGUAUAGAAUGGCUGAGUUCCCCUGUACAGGCUAAACACUGAUGCUCUGCUGUGUGAAAGUUCUGUGUGGUAGAGAGGGAGAGCAGGUAUUUGAUGUGACAUCACCCCAUCCACAGAGCUGCAGCCAAUCAUGGGAGCUUGAGUUUGUGUAGUGGGAAGAUGGAAGCCAAUUCCAUUGUAAAAAAAACCAUGUAAUAAGAACCACAGUAAUAGUGAUGAAACUCAGGGCUCCAGGCCACGACCAAUUUAAGUGGUCACUACGCACGUGGCAAAGGCCUUGUAAACAAACACUGUGUUCUUCUGACUCCAGAGUGUCCGGCUUUAUGGAGUCAAGGGCUGGGGAAACAAAUGUGGAUACAUUUGGUUUAAAUAACAUAGAAACCUAUUGCUGAAGCUAGAAGAUUAGCCAAAUGCAAAUACAGUAUACUAUCAAAUUCUAUUUUCUCCUAAUUUUUUGUUUGUUCUCUCUUCAUUUCUAAAGUAUUUUGUUUUUAAACAUAAACAAACCAAAAUAUUGCAAAAUAAAGCAUAAACAGUGGGCUCAAUGUCAACACUGAUGACAUCCUUAUCUGAUAAGACCAAACUUUAUACUUUUGUGCACUUCUCCCUCAGUGGGUUACUCAAAAUAUUAGCAACUUCCUUAAAACUUUCAUGAAAACCCAGAUUUGACCUUACCAGCCUAACAACAAAGCCUUAUAUUGUAUAGGGUUCCGUACCCUAUUAAUGCAAUGCUAUAUCAUUAAUCUGUUCUGUAAACUUAUUUAUGGGACAAGGGAGUUGAAAAUUUUAAGCGUGACAAUUUGGUUAUCAUAAAUUAGUAAUGAAAAUUACAAGAGAAAUCAGAGUAUACACAAAACAAAAACACACCUAUUUCAUAUGAAAAAUAUGCAUACUUAAAAGAAUACACCAAGCACCAUAACCACUACAGCUAUCAGUGUAUACACUGAAUUACUGACAAUUUUAGAUGUGAAGCUUAUAGAAAUACAAACAUGUAUUCCUAGCGCUAUAGUAUACUGCUACCUAUUGUGGUGUGGCCCUCCCACUGCCAUGUGAAGGUUAUAGUUUUACUUACCUUUCAGCCCUCACCUUGCCGGUAUCCAUGAUGCACUCCACCUCAGUGUAGAUUAUAUGAGCCAUUGUAUCAGGAAACACUGGGAGGUUAGUGCACAUAUGCAGUAAAACGCCACACUGCGUCAAUCAAAUGGUCUCUACGAGGUCAUCAGAUUGAAAUAGCUGAGUUUAACUUGGCUACUGGGGUGGUAGUGACUCUAGUGGCUGUCAGUGUGACAUGUCAACCCCACAAUGAAAACAUUGGCAUUCAAGCAAAAUGACUAUGUUCUCAGUUGCAAGGUUAAAAGUACAGGAUCUUGGCACUCAGACCACUGCAUUGAGAAGAAGUGGUCUUGGUGCCUGUAGUGUUCUUUUAAUUAUAAUUAGUCAAUUGUUUCAAGUUGAAACCUGAAGUAUUUCUAGCACCUGGGUGUGUCCUAUAUUAUUGGACUUGCAUCAAAACCACUUUUCUUGUUUUUCUUUUAUCUUCAAAAUCUAAACUUUAGUGGCUUUCAGUGUCUUAUCUAAUAUAGUUCAUAUGUGGCACAAUGUCACUUCCCUUUUUUAUAGAAACAUAAUACAGUCUGCACAUCUGGUUUUAUACAGAAACGUUAAUUUAAUAUUGUAGGUGUGGAACUUGCCCAUCUAUAGUCCCAUAACCAAAGUAAAAUUUGUUUUGCCCAAAAAGAUUGCAAGCUCUUCCUGAUAAACAUCUCUAAAUGUAUAUACUAAAUACAGGCUUUUUCAUUGAAGUAAGAAUUUAAAACCUGCUAAGAUGCUUGGAAAUUGCACAUGGGCCGAGCGUCAAAAUUCAAAGUUCGGUAAAAACUGAUAUGGCUUGCUCUCCAAUGUGCCCCUUCAACAUCCACAUAUCCCUGAAAAGGGUACACAUGGGGGUAUUGCUGCAUUAAGAAGACAUAGCCGAGCAACAUAUUAGGUGUUAUACUGCCAUAGCACACAGGAUUACAAAAUAUACAGUAACAUCUCCAAGUGUGUGUCAAAACGGCAGAAAAAAAUGCUAAUUGUAACUAGACUUGGUACAAAAUAACAAAAAAAUGAUCCUACGCUAAGGUUUAAAAUAUGCCUUUUGAAAUACCCUGGGGUGUCUAUUUUAAGAAAUGGUAGGCCUUUGUGGGGUUUUUUUGAACUAGUAUAACAGCAACCAAACAACUAGUGUUCUAGAUGUGGACAGGAGACGCUCAACAAUACCGUCAAAUUUUAGGUUAGAAUAUUAUGAAAAUAUGAGCACAUUCAUAUGCAGUUACUUGAGCAGUUUGAUUUGCUCACACAGACUUUGUUAAGAGAAUUCAGAAAAUUAAACAUUGUUCCGGAGCCCAGAGUUCCAGGCUGACACAUGUAAAUUCUGUGUAACAUUAGUUGCAGUGAAUUCCAGUCAUUGGCUGAGAGCAGUCAGCUGAUGUUCUUAGCCAAUGAAUGUUGACUGCCGCGGCUAUCAGCAUCUACAGCUUUACAGAAGCAUGAAGAGCGUUACUGGACCACCAAGGAGCACUGGUAGUAGAAUAGUAGGGGAAACAGUUGCUAAACAGAUUUCCCCAUUACCAGAGUGCUUAUAAUACUUGAGGUAACCCUUCAAGACAUCUUACUGUGGGAAACAUUGCUCGCUGUGCCCUUCUCUCUUUUUUUACAUUGUUUCAAGUGUUACAUGUUGUGUGACCUCUCAUGGGAAUAUUUUUCCUAACAUUAUAUCCUACUUAAAAAUAUAUCUGGGUGAAACUGUAAUAAUCAUUUCAAUGUAUCUUGAACACACACAUACAUUGGUCACUUCAGCAAGAUCAGUUUCAGCAGAAUAAUGUCAAGAAUUUUAAACAGAAUUGGAUUCGAUGACACUAGUCAGCCAGACAUACUAGCCAUUCGAGAGAUAAAUAGGCAGGGCAUCCAUAAGGGCAUGACAACAUGAUGAUUGUCAUAGGCCCAGCACUCCUGGGGGGACCCAGGUGCCCAGGCCACACAUUCCAAAUGUGUACACAUAAAUAGAGAAUAUCACUUUACAUAUAUGCCCUGGGCACCAGGCGAAGCUACUGCCGGUGCAGCCUGUCUGCACGCAGGGCCACUCGAUGGGCAUAUAUUUCUUAAAGGGCUCAGUCGUACGCUUUGGAUCUUUAAUAGAUCUAAUGAUCCUGGCAGUGCUGGGAGGAAGUGAGCACAGAAGGAUAAGGCACAGGAGAGAGCAGAGAAGAGGGGAGAGUCAGAAGCUGGCUCCAACCAGCCCCAGCCAGCCACCCUCCAGCACCCAACAGGUAAGAAAAAGGAGAUUGGCUAAUAAAAUGACCAACAUGUGUGUGUCAGUGUGUAUCUGUGUGUCUGUGUAGCUGUGUGUCCAUGUGUGUUUCUGUGUGUCUAAAUAUUUGUGUAGGUGUAUUUGCAUGUAUGUCAGUGUAUCUGUAUGUGUGUCACUGUGUGUGCAUGUAUGGUGUAUCAGUGUGUGUUUGUGUGUAUACACUACACACAAAUGCACACCAACAAUCAUACACACAUACCUCCAUACAAAAACAUUACAUUCAAACACUCAAACAUUGUUCAGUGUUAAAUACAACCCUGCAAGGAUGGACAAAUUGUAGAUCCCCAGUUGGCAAAGCAUUCUAGGACUUGUCCGCCAGAUGGGGAUCUACAUUUUAACCGCCCUUGUGCAAGAGUAGGCCCCCAAAUAAAUUUGACACCACUGCCCCUGCAGGCCCCUGGCAGUCUGUAUAGUGAAGAGGGGGCCCAGCACAAGGCGAUCUUCAGCUUACAGAAUCUCUCUCCAACUCUUGCGAGCCCCUGGCCAUUACCCACAUCAUCCGUAACACACACACUGCAUCCACUACACACACACACACACACACACUGCAUCCUUGUGAGCAGAUUCAGAGGCGGGUCCUGUGAGUGGAUUUUGUGGUCAGGGCUGCCAUCAGAAAUUUUGUGGCCCCUGACACAGAUCAUGGUCUGGGCCCCAAAAUGUCUGAUGGCAUCCCUGCAAAUAGGCAUAAGGAGAUGGGAUGGUAAUUAAAUAGCAAGUUGCUUUUAGUGGGACCAUUUUAUGGUUGGAGUAAUCAGUCCUUGUUUGAAGUGAAUGGGGUUCCAGAAAAGAGAGAGACUGAAGAUUUUUGUUAUUUAUGAAACAAGAACUCAGAAGAGAAAUCCUGGGGAGAUAGCAGAGCUAAGUGGAUAAGGGCACAUGUAUGAGUGUGGGGAUGGAUGCAUGGGAUUGGUUGUGUAUGCAUGUGUGGGUGGGGUUGUGUGGGGAGUGAUUUUGUGGUGGGAUGGUCUUACCUCAGUGCCACUUGGGAUUCGGGCCAGCAAACACUUCCUGUCCUCGGUCUGCUCCUGUUUGUCCUAAUCUGCUUCAGGGAUGGAUGUUGAGGUUAUUCUGGCAUCCCUCAGAGCUGCUGCUGUGCUGUAUGGUGGCUGGCUCCUUUGUGAGCAAUAUGCUCACCUUAAUCCUGGUAUGGAUGCCGGCGUGGUUCCACCCUCUCCCCUAUGCCCGCCUGUGCAUCUGUCCCCUGAUGCUGCACCUCGGGCCUGGUUGAGGAGUAGGAGCCAAGGUGGAAUGUCUGGGGCUGCAGACAUAUGCCGUGUGGGACUUGCAGCCUCCCCCUCCUGCUGCCACAUCGCGGAGUUGUUGCCGCAGGUGUGUCCUUGCCAAUUCAGUUUGGGGGGCUAUGUCAAUAUGUAGAAUUAUGUGGUCAAGUUUCAGGUCUCAACCUUCCCUGCUUUAAAUGGUUAACUUUAGGUUACCUGUUUGGAAGUGCCCACCGAGCGAGGAAAAGGUCGGCUGGUGGUAAGCAUUAGAAGGAAAGGGAUUUAUGGUCGAGGGGGGGAGGUGAGAAUACGUGGUGCAUAGGCACAUGGUAAGUAUAUUGGCAAAGACGUUUGGGUUAUACUGUAUGACACUAUGUGUUAAGCUAUAUGCUAAGUUAUGGUUAUUUAUGUAUGACAGUUUGGUUGUAUUAAGAAAAGAUAAGGUUUACAAUAAAUUAUGGAUGUG